GUGCUGGGCAUAUCUAUAAAUAGAUCAAACUUAAUUUUAUUGUUAAUGUCUAUUGAAUUAAUGUUAUUAUCUACUUCUAUUUUAUUUGUAAUAGGUUCUUCUUUUCAUAACCUGUUGAAUGGUCAAAUAUUCACUUUAUUUAUAUUCACAGUUGCCGCAGCAGAAUCAGCUAUAGGUUUAGCAAUAAUAGUUUCUUAUUUUAGGUUAAGAGGAAAAAUAUCCAUAAAACUACUUAAUACUCUAAAAGGAUAA